CGCGCAAAGCGGCCGCAACCCCUGCCUCUCGCCCCCGGGGCCCGCAGCAAGCCCGGGCCCUGCCCGGCCCGCGAGACCCCGGCCCGACCCCGCCGCCCGCACAAAAUGUCGGCCCGGACGCCAUUGCCGACGGUGAACGAGCGGGACACGGAGAACCAUACAUCUGUGGAUGGAUAUACUGAACCCCAUAUCCAGCCGACCAAAUCAAGUAGCAGACAGAACAUCCCUCGGUGUAGAAACUCCAUUACGUCAGCAACAGAUGAACAGCCUCACAUUGGAAAUUACCGUUUACAAAAGACAAUAGGGAAAGGAAAUUUUGCCAAAGUGAAAUUGGCAAGGCAUGUUCUAACCGGUAGAGAGGUUGCUGUGAAAAUAAUAGACAAAACUCAGCUAAAUCCUACCAGUCUACAAAAGUUGUUUCGAGAAGUACGAAUAAUGAAGAUAUUGAAUCACCCUAACAUAGUAAAAUUGUUUGAAGUUAUUGAAACAGAGAAGACUCUCUAUUUAGUCAUGGAAUACGCGAGUGGGGGUGAAGUAUUUGAUUACUUAGUUGCCCAUGGAAGAAUGAAAGAAAAAGAGGCCCGUGCAAAAUUUAGGCAGAUUGUAUCUGCUGUACAGUAUUGUCAUCAAAAGUGCAUUGUUCACCGUGAUCUUAAGGCUGAAAACCUUCUCCUUGAUGCUGAUAUGAAUAUUAAAAUUGCUGACUUUGGUUUUAGUAAUGAAUUUACAGUCGGGAACAAGUUGGACACAUUUUGUGGAAGCCCACCUUAUGCCGCUCCUGAGCUUUUCCAAGGGAAGAAGUAUGACGGACCUGAAGUAGACGUGUGGAGCCUCGGCGUCAUUCUCUACACGUUAGUCAGUGGCUCCUUGCCUUUUGAUGGCCAAAAUUUAAAGGAACUGCGGGAGCGGGUCUUACGAGGGAAGUAUCGUAUUCCCUUCUACAUGUCCACAGACUGUGAAAACCUUUUGAAGAAAUUAUUAGUGCUGAAUCCAAUUAAGAGAGGCAGCUUAGAGCAAAUAAUGAAAGAUCGGUGGAUGAAUGUUGGUCAUGAAGAAGAAGAACUAAAGCCAUAUGCUGAGCCUGAACCAGAUUUCAAUGACACAAAAAGAAUAGAUAUCAUGAUCACCAUGGGUUUUGUACGAGAUGAGAUAAAUGAUGCCUUAAUAAAUCAGAAAUAUGAUGAAGUCAUGGCUACUUAUAUUCUGCUAGGUAGAAAACCUCCUGAAUUUGAAGGUGGCGAAUCGUUAUCCAGUGGAAACUUGUGUCAGAGGUCCCGGCCCAGCAGUGACUUAAACAACAGCACCCUACAGUCCCCUGCUCACCUGAAGGUCCAGCGGAGCAUCUCAGCAAACCAGAAGCAGCGACGCUUUAGUGAUCAUGCUGGUCCAUCCAUUCCUCCUGCUGUAUCAUAUACCAAAAGGCCUCAGGCUAACAGCGUGGAAAGUGAACAGAAAGAGGAGUGGGACAAAGAUGUGGCUCGUAAACUUGGCAGCACAACAGUUGGAUCAAAAAGUGAGAUGACUGCAAGCCCUCUUGUAGGGCCAGAAAGGAAAAAGUCUUCAACUAUUCCAAGUAACAACGUGUAUCCUGGAGGUAGCAUGGCAAGAAGGAAUACGUAUGUCUGUGAAAGAACCACAGAUCGAUACACAGCGUUGCAGAACGGAAAAGACAGCAGCCUUACAGAGAUGUCCGCGAGCAGCAUGUCCUCUGCAGGCUCCGCCGUGGCCUCUGCUGUGCCCUCAGCACGACCCCGGCACCAGAAGUCCAUGUCUGCUUCCGGCCAUCCUAUUAAAGUCACACUGCCAACCAUUAAAGACAGCUCUGAAGCUUACAGGCCCGGCAGCACCACCCAGCGCGUGCCCGCUGCGUCGCCGUCUGCUCACAGUAUUAGCGCCUCGACCCCCGACCGCACCCGCUUCCCCCGCGGCAGCUCCAGCCGCAGCACCUUCCACGGGGAGCAGCUCCGCGAGCGCCGCAGCGCCGCCUACAACGGGCCGCCCGCCUCCCCGUCCCACGAGCCGGGGGCCUUCACGCACGCCAGGAGGGGCACGUCCACUGGUAUUAUAAGCAAAAUAACGUCCAAAUUCGUCCGCAGGUCCUGCUAAAGGCCCAGGAACGUCCUGCAUGUACAAAGCUUUGUGCUCAGUGCUGAGCAAGUUUCACAGCUGAAGAGACGGCAUCUGUGGCCUCAAGAUUCAGCCCCAAAAGGAGCAGACUGUCUACCACUGGCCACAGUACAGAAUGAACCGUGAAUGGCAAGAGGCGUGUGGGCAAGGCCCUGAGGGCUCCCACUAGGGAAGAAGUUAAGUCUCCAUACCGGGUAGUUAUUUGAGCAAAUAAGAAAUUAUGGGUAAGAAAGUAUUAUACUUAUUAUUAAAAAAUAUUGCUUAAAUACUUAAUUUGCAAUGUUAUUAGUGUUCCUAGGGUUUCGGAGAGUGGGUGUAGAAAAGAGAAGCAGUGUCUGUAGCCUCUUCCCUUUUUGUGGAGCUGUAUAUAGACUCUGUUCAUGGAUUGGUUUGCCCAAGGUCACGCAGCUGAAUUUAUAACUUUAAAUACCCUCAUGCAAAGUCAAUUUCUAACCAUACCAGACAGUGAUUUGAUACCAUUUGAGCAGUUACCACGUCACAGUGAUAAAGACCUGAAAGCUCCCCCACCGUCACCAUGGCGGUGGAAAGUAGUGCUAGGUGACCCUCUGCUGGGCACCACUUAGAUUAUCAGUAGUUGGCAUUUGACUGGCAAUUUAAAUCCGUUUUUAAAAGCCAGUACUUUCUUAUGGUUAAGCCAGAAUUGAUUUUAAGGUGAAGGAAAAUAGAUUUUGAGUUUAAUGCUUGAUUACUAAUUGUACAUUAAGCAUCGUGCAAAAUAUUUCUAUUUGCAAUAAAAUUUAGAUCAUAGAAAGAACAUACGAAGGAGCACCGGACAAGAAGUCAGGACCAGAUGUCAGAGCAAGAACAUGCCUUAGAGAUCAUCAUUGGGAGGUUAGGAUGGAAGAUCGCCAUGUAGGCGUUCAACAAAGGUGAACACUUCCCAUGUGCCAGGCUCUCUUCCAGGUGCUCUUGAUAUAGCCCCUCCCUUCCUGCCAGUUCCUGAUUGUCUUGUGACCCCCCAACACUGCUGAAACCUUUUCUUCACUUGGCCUUCAAGGGCUCCCUGUCCCUUCUCAGGCUCCUUUGCUGGUUCUUGUGGGUCCCCCUGCCCUUCCCUGACCUCUAAAUACCAACCUGCCUCAGGGCAUGAUUUUUGGACACAUUGUCUUAUCUGGUUCUCCUUGGUGAUCUCACUCAGGCCCAUGCCAUUAAAUUCCAUCAUAUGUUAACAGUCUCAGUUUAUAUUUUUAACCCAGACUGCUCUUCUGAAAGACAGACUUGUGUCCAAUUGUCUACUCGGCCUCUCCACCUGGUUGUGAAAUAGACUCUCCAACAGAACCUGUCCGGAUCUCAGCCCUUGCUUCUCUUCCCCAAACCUGUCCCUCCCUCAGCCUGUGCCGUUUCAGGUCAUGGUGACACCGUCCUUCGGUUGCUGCGGACCCUGAGCCUGGAUUAUCCUUGCCACCUCCUCCUUUCUUCGUACCACACGUCAUUCCGUGAGCAGUUGUGUUGGCGCUGCCUUCACAGCAUUUCCAGGAUUUAGCGGCUUCCAGCCCUCCUACCACUGCCUUCAUGGUCUCAAUCACUGUACAUCUUCCACCUCCUCACAGGUGCCCUAGCUUCUGCCCUUGUCCUGUUCUGUCCCCAGCAAUAUGAGUCCUUGAUUUAAAAUCCUCAGCUUGCUUUUUGUCUCAUUCAGAACACAGUUCAGAGCCCUCCCAGUGGCCUCCGUAGUCUGGCCACCCUUUCCUGCUCUGACUCCAUCUUCUCCACUCCUCCCCUUUCCCCACCAGCCUUUCAGGGCACCUGACCAUCCUCGAACACCCCAGGCGUAUCCGUUCAGGAUUUCGUACUCCCCUGACACCUGCGUGGCUGGCUCUACACCUCAUUCGGGUCUUUGCUGGACUGGCUCUUCCUCAGGGAGGUCUUCCUCAACUCCCUGUUGAACCUCACCACCUCUUCGUCCACACCCCCUCUUCCUGCUUUAUUUUUCUCCACAGCACUUGACACUACCUGAAAUAGUGGAUUUCCUUGACUGACUUGUUCGUCUUGUAUCUCUCCCAAGGAGAAGAUGCUCUCUGUGAGAACAGGGGCUUGUGGUUGGCUUGCUCUGUUCUAUGCUGAAUCUCCUGCCGAACAGUGAAUGCUUCCUCUGACGUGCAGUGUGGCAUUCAGUAAAUUUUUAUCCCAUGAGUAGAUGAAUAAUGUGGAGGACAGUUUAAAAAGUAAAGAAAGUUAUUAAGCAUUCUGAUAAGUGCGCUGAAGGAAACAGGUCCUGAGAGGACAAGGUUGAGGGAAUAAAAGUUUCAGAGCCAGCCUCUGGGGGGUGCUAGUAUGAAAGUUUCUCGAGUUCCACCAUGCCCUUAUUCCCCUUUGAACAAUGUCAUUUAGUAGAGGGUUUGAGGGGGCAGAAAGAAAGAUCUGAGGGAGGAGGUUGUUUGUUGUUGUUUGUCAGAAACUAGAGGGUUUUUGUUUUUGUUUUUUCUGCUGUGCUGGGUCCUUGUUACUUUGUGCAGGCUUUCUCUAGUUGGGGCUAGUGGUGACAACGACUCUUUGCUGUGUGCAGGCUUCUCAUUGCACUGGCUUCUCUUGUUGCAGAGCACAGGCUCUAGGGCACCUCAGCUUCAGUAGUUACAGCAAGUGGGCUCAGCAGUUGUGGCUCAUGGGCUGUAGAGUUGCAGCUUGUUACUUGUGGUACACCAGCUUAGUUGCUCCAAGGCAUGUGAAAUUUUCCCAGACCAGGGACUGAGCCCAUGUCCCUUGCAUUGGCAAGUGGAUUCUUAUCCACUUAACCUCUAGGGAAGUCCAAUAGGGUUUUUUAAUGUCUUGAUUUUUAGCAUAUUUUAAUUAAUUCUGGAUUUGGUUAGAGAAGAGAAGAAAUUCAGUUCUGUUCGGAGGUCACUUGUCACGCUGUGAACAGCUUUGGCUUUACAAAUGUGUUUGUGUUCACAGCAGUGCCAUAAGGGUAGCAUUUUGUGGCUCGAGGCGGGGCCGUCUGAUUCUGCUUCAGGAAGACAGGAAUGCAGGAAGACAGGCAAGCCUGAGUUUCCAUCCCAGGGAUGAACCCACUGAACUCUCUAGCAACAGGCAGAUUGGACAUGCAGCUGAUCUUUAUGCAUUUGCAGCCUGUUGAGCUUUAGGGUGUUGGAGACUUGGCGAUAAAAUAGAGAACUUUUUCAGUGCCUUAUUUAAUAUUCUCAACUCAACUGUCAAGUUAUCAUCCUUCCCACUUGUCUUCUUAAGCUUGUCCUGGGCUCAAGCCCAGCCUUUCUCUGUGUUCCCUUUGGCUUCCUCACCUCACUCUACCUAAAGCUGGAAGAAAUGGAGCAACACGCUGAUGCCUCCGCGGGAUCCACACCACACCCCAUGCGCUGGGGGCAGGGCUGGCUCAAACCCAACUUGCAGGCCAAGACACCUCACAGGUUCAGGAACCAACUCAGUCGAUGUGCUACUGAAGGCUUUAAAAGAUGGCGGGGCGGGGGGGGCGGGAAUAGGAUUUUAUAGGGAAAAAGUAAAGGAAUUUGGAUUAUUAAGCUUUAAGAAAAGAAGGAUACAAAAUAGUUCAGAGUUAAUCAUUCAUGUAUUUGAAAACCAUUAUCACAAAGAAGCCAGCUAGUAGUUCUCCUUGGCCAGUAAGAAGCUGGACGCCAGAAUGACCACAUGAAAGAGUUGUUUUCUGGGCUUAAGAAAGAACUUUCUAAUUAGUAAAGUGAUUUAAACUAGAAUAAUCCAUCAGGGGAGGAUGUAGACAUUCUAUUUCCAAAGUCUUAAAUAGUGUUUAGAAUGAUGUGUUUUGGAGGAGUUCUGUAUACCACCUGUAUAGACUGGAGAUUAUAUCAAACCUCAUAGUUCUUAUAUAGGGAAUAACCUGAUUAGUUCAGCUGAUUAUAUAUAAGAUAUGUGGCUUUUUUAAACUUUUAAAUAUUGGAGAACCGUGCCGCACGCACCAUAUGUGCUGUUACAGCCAGCUGCACUUCCCUAUCCCCAGGUGCCUCCCUCCGCGGCUGCUUGGAGCUGACUUAUGCACUGUUUGAAACCAUUGCCAAAUAGCAGAAAUUCUUUCAGCCAAUGUCUUCGUGGCAUCCAGGCAGGCACGAACAGGAUAUGGGGAACGAUGUGACAAAUCAGUUGCAAAUAGUUACCGCAAGGGAAGUAGGGCCUAAGGUGUGUUUCAUUCCUAAUGCUUACAGGUGGGCAGCAGUCUGCCAGCCGUAGAAAAGUCCAGUGCAACGUAGGUCCCUUCCUGUUAGAGGAAUUUUAUCUUAGCAACAGGAAUCAGCAGCAUUAUUAUCUUUCUUGCCCAGUCAAAAGACUGCCCCUCAGUAUCUAUCAGUAUAUCUACAUGUAACUCAAAAUGCACGCUUCAUUUGAGCCUCCUGAAAAAUGUGUAUUUCAGUGUGCUGUAGUAAAAAAGGGUUUGUGUAAAUGGCUUUGAACUUUUACUAUACUUCCCAAGGAAGAUGCCACUUAAUAAAAAUAUAAAUUUAAGAAAACCUAUUUGGAUGUGAGACUCUAUCUUAUUUUCCUUUUUAAUUCAGAUAGGUAAAUGGUUUUUACCUAAUACGUCCGUCACGAAAUUCCUACAGUUAAAAACCCUGAGAAGUAUAUAAGGCAUUCACAUUUUAACUGGUUGAAGUUUUAGAGCUUGUUGUACUGAUAUACAGCAUUGUUAUUAAUUUGAGGGAUGAGGAAAGUGGUACUGAUUUUACUCCUGUUGCAUUCAUUUUACAUAAAUAAUGUUUCUGGAAUGAUUAAAACAUUAAGAAAAUGUUAAGGGUUCAAGUUGUUGAUUUUUCCCAGCUGUUUAGUACUGUUUUGCUAUCACAAGUAAUCUCAGUAUAUUUCAGCUGGUUUAUAACUUGAUACUCCUAUGUAGAUACUUAAUUACCUUUGAAUAUGACAAAUAGUUAAAAUUUUGGUAGACUUUAAAAUUAUUAAUUACAUUCAACAAAAGAACAGUUAGUGGAGUUUUCCUGGUUUUAUUUCACAGGUGGAUAUCCAGGUAAGAUCAGUGUUUCUUUUUAAGAUUGAAUUCAUGUUUUUAGACUCACCUGCUUGGAUAGGCUGUUUGGUGUGCUGUAAUAUUUUAUCAUGUGCAUGAAUCAUUAGCAUAAUUUCUGAAAUAAGUUACUUGCGUAUUUAAAAACUAGUAUUUAUUUUCAGAAAUACUUACAUGUUGAGCUUUAUUUCUCACUGCAGGAUUAAUUUAUAUUUUUCUAAAUUGAGCGACUACUCCAGUUAUGGUUAAUAACCAUUAUGAAGUUAAAUCUUGCUGCUAUAAUUAUUAAAUAGUUUUAACUUUAGAUUGAACUAAAAGUGAAAAGAUAAAUUAUGACUUUAAAGUCAUGGCUGGAAAUUGGAAGAUCACGUAAAAAUCCUAAGCCAUCACUUAGCAUGUCCUCUCUGACAAUACCCAGUAGACGCUCAAUAAAUGAUAGUCAAGUGUGGUUAUGAUGAGAAACAUAAAUGAUAUUAGACUGACUAGUAAUAGAGAUCUGUCAUGCUAGAAAUUUGCUCAACAAGUUAAUUUUAAAAUCAUUUUAGAUACAGGUUUUCUUGGUAAUUUUUUUCACUUUUAUCAUUAAAUCUCAACCUUCACUUU